CACAGCGACUUCAGCUGAGACAGAGGGAAGCGGUUUGAGAACAACUUCGCUGGCAAGGCGCACAGGGGCGGGCCGGCAGAGGGCACACCCGGAGGCCAGCCGGUGCCCAAGACGAAGCCGGCGGACUGUCACCUCUGCCCGCGUGGGUGACUGCUGUGCGGGGCAGUGGAGAGGCCUGGGCGGACCGCAGCACAGCCAUGCUGAGGAUCUGGGCUAUCCUGCCCCUGGCACUUGCUUUUAUUGUCAGACCACUGCUGAGUGUUAAUACCCAAAACACUGAUAGCAGCUUGGAGGUGCUGGAAUUGAGGAGAAAUGUUCGUGAAAUUGAGACCCAGUGCCCAAAAGGCUUAUAUCGUGGGGGCCAGUUCUGCUGUUUACCUUGUCAACCUGGUGAAAAAAAAAGUUCAGACUGUACCAGCGACAGGGCUAAACCAGACUGCAGCCCCUGCACGGAAGGGGAGGAGUACACAGACAAGGAACAUUAUUCUGAUACGUGCAGAAGAUGUAGACUUUGUGAUGGAGGGCAUGGUUUAGAAGUGGAAGCAAACUGUACCCAAACCCGGAACACCAAAUGCAGGUGUAAAUCAAACUUCUACUGUAACACAUCUGUAUGUGAACACUGUGAGCACUGCACCACGUGUGAACAUGGAAUCCUUGAGCCGUGCACACCAACCAGCAAUGCCAAAUGCAAGCAAAACAGCUCCAGGCAUCAUUGGCUGUGGUUGUUGGUCCUCCUACCUCUACUUCUGGCAAUAUCAGUGGUGCUAAUACUUAAAAAGCACAGGAGAAGAAAUCAUGGUCACCUUGAAUCUGUGGUAUUGCAUUCUGAAAAAGCUCCAAUGAAUUGCUCAGAUGUUGACUUGGGUAAAUACAUCAUUAAUAUUGCUGAAGAAAUGACAAUAAAUCAAGUUAAAAAGUUUGUUCGGAAGAAUGGCCUCAAUGAAGCUAAGAUAGAUGACAUCAAGAAUGACAAUCUCCAAGACACAGGUGAACAGAAGGUCCAGCUACUGCGGGAUUGGUAUCAAGCUCAUGGGAAGAAGGAUGCAUAUAACACUUUAAUUAAAGGCCUCAAAAAGGCUAACCUUUGUGCUCUUGCAGAGAAAAUUGAAGACAUAGUCCACAUGGACAUUGAAAAAUCAACUUUAAAUGUCAGAAGCGAAAAUGAAAGACAAAACUUGACCUUAAAUGAAAUUGAGCUCAGUUCGAACUGUGACUAGCCAGUCAGUAAAGAGAAGUCUUUUAAACUGAGCCUGGCUGCUCAUGCGUGAGGCAGGAGGAUUGCCAUGAGUUCAAGGCCAGCCUGUGCUACAUGGAGCUCCAGAGUUCCAUGGUAGUCUGAGUCACAGAGUGAGAUGUUGUCUCAAAAAUAAAUGAUUUCCAUGUGAAUUUAUUUAAGAAUUAAGCAAGAUGAUGCUUUAUAAAAAACCCAGUAUACAUAGCUGCUAAGAAGAUUAAAGAAAAAUGGUAUACAGUGCUAAUUAUAGCACUGGGCACAAAGAAAGUGUUCAAUUUAUGUAGGCUGCAUUGACUGAAGUAUUGCAUUUGACAAUAAUUCAUACAAGCUCUUUAAAAAUCUGUAAUCUAUGCUAAUCAAUUCUGUGUUUAUUAGAAUUUGUAUUUUCUAAGCUUAAUGGAUCACUGUUAUAUGACUGUGUUACCUUUGUUUUGUAUCAGCAAAUAAAAACAAGAUUAGCAUCAAAAAAUAAAAUAAAUAUUUAAAUAAAUAAAUAGCAGGACAUAUCACCCUAAGAUUUUAGUCCCAGCUCUUGGGAGACAGAGGCAGGGAGACCUCUGGCAGUGUGAGCCCAGGUUGGUCUACAGAGCAAGUUCCACAUCACUCAGGGCUACAUAGUGAGACCCUGUUUCAAAGCAAGCCAGGUGUGUGGCACAUGCCUUUAGUCCUAGCACUAGGGAGGCAGAGGCAAGCAGAUCUCUGAGACUGAGGCCUGUUCUACCUAACCUGUCCCAAGCCAGCUGAGGCUACAGGGAGACUUUGUCUCCAAAAGACUAAAAACAAACAAACAACAAUAUCAAAAAGAAGUUUUUAAUAAUUGAAGUCUGUAAAUAUUGAUCUGCUUUAUACUGUGUAUAUUUUGUAUUUCAUUUUUCAGAUUUGUAAAGCUAUUGUAUUUAUAAGUUUGGAAGGUUUCAUGAUUCUGUCUUCGGUAAUAUUUAGGUAGGAAGACAGGGUCAUGAACAAAUGCAGUGACAGGCUAAGUGCCCAGAUAGGAGUGUACAUAGAAACAGACACACGUAGGAUACUGAUCUCCUGUCUAAGGCAGCUAGGAUAAGAGCAGCGUGGGCUAGCACCAAGGUCAGUCUAUCCAUAGGUACCCUCUUCCUUGUCGUGGAAGCUGUGACCUUUGGUAGAGGCUGCUUUACCUUGUUAUUAUCCUCCUCUGAACUCCAUGAUUCUGGAGAUUUUUCCCAUAUAUGUAAAUGUUGCUUUCCACCCACAUGCAGUUUCCAUAUGUGUUUAAAUGCUGAAUGAAAUACAAGUUUCUGCCUCAAAGAAUUUUGUACAGGCCAUUGGUAUUUUAUUGUAUAAUAUUUAUGUUUUGAAAAGGUGUAGAAAAUGUAGGUUAAAUCAUAAUGCUUGAAUAUGUUUCUAUUUAUAUACCAUUUUAUCGGACCAAAAUAUUUUGCUAUUUUUUUCAGGUAUCAAAAGCAUUUUGAGUAGGAGAGUGUUAGUUACUACAGCCGUGCCACUGCUCCAUUUCCUCCUUGUUGUUCAACUCAUGCACUCCUAAAGCAGGAAAUAGACCCAAAGAAACACUUAAUGAUGCCACAAUACUCAGAAUUGCCUUGGAAAAUCUAGCCUGGUCUGGAGAGACUAGAUUGUUUUUAUAGGAGAUAGCUUCAGGACAUGUCAAGAGCCCAUAUCUACCACCAGUGGUGGGGACAAAAUGAAACCCUGUCGUACUGCCAUUUGGCAACUCUCCAUGUGUUUCUUUGGCUACAAAUGGCAGCUUCUAUUCAGUAAAGGUGAAGUCACCAACAGGUUCUAGAAACUGCUUUUAUUAUUCUCUGUAGGUUCUAAGACAGACAAGCUCUUCUUUCUACUAUUAUUUUUACAUUCAAACCUAUCUGAAAGUUUGUGUCAAAUGUAAGUUCUAAUAUGUAGUAUUUGUUUUACACAUGUAUACUGUGAACUAAGGAUAGUUAUAAACAGAAACAAGUGCUUGGAACUACCUAAAGAGCUUCCAUUUUUAGAAAUGGAAAUACGUAAUAUAGGAGAAAUAUUUAAUUAAAAUCAGGAGUCAGAUGAUGACAUGGGAUUUGACUUGUUUAUUGAACCCUUGCUCCCCUGCAAAUUAAGCCUUUUUAUGUAAAAAGUAAAUAAGUAAAUAAAAUA